AAAACAACGAAAGCUUCGUCUAUUACCGCCAUGUUUGUUCUCACCUUCGUACUACUCCUUCUACAUACAACAGAUACAUGGGCCUUCUCAGUAACCACCUCUACUCCCACUGUCAGUGUGCCAGAAAACCAAGGGGCUGAUCUAAAAUGUUCUUACUCGGCUGACUUUGGAAAUCCAAGAAUUGAGUGGAAAUUUAAGAACCUGCAGGGGUCCAUAGGCUUGGUUAUCUAUGGUGGCAAGCCCACAGCGAAGUAUGUGGGUCGUGUUGAACUGUACAGCGGGGGGCUGAGGUUCAACAAAGUGACACGGGGGGACAGCGGGGAUUACACCUGCGAGGUGUCCUCCGACCAGCAUUUCGCGGAAGCCAAAAUACAGCUGACUGUGCAAGUGCCACCCUCUGUGCCCGUAUGUAGAAUCCCCAACUCUGUGACAACCGGAACAAAGGUUAUGCUGUCCUGUUUCGACAAAGAUGGCUCCCCCCCCUGCACCUACAAAUGGUUCAAAAACAAGACGCCUCUCCCAGAGGAUCCCAGCAAGUUUCCAGCCUUCAAAAACUCCACCUAUACCCUCAACCCCAAAACCGGCGAACUGGCAUUUCCGAUGAUUUCAAAACUGGAUGCAGGAGAGUACUACUGCACAGCCAGCAAUAACAUGGGUCCUGACAAGAGCUGCAGCCCAGUCAAUCUGGCAGUCCACGAUAGGAACACGGGGGGAAUUGUGGCCGGGGUGAUCGUGGCUCUGCUCGCUCUGGCAUUGCUGGCGUUUGGACUGUGGUACGCGCAUCGAAAAGGAUACUUUCCCAGUGAGUUUACCAAAAGAGUGAGAGUGCAUCUGUUUUCCUACAGCAAACCCCAGGUGGUGUACCAGCCAUCUUCGGAUUAUGCUGAUGAGGAAGACGGUUCAGAGUUCAGACAAAAGUCCUCCUUCGUGGUGUGAGCGACGCCAGAACAGAGCCUGGUGGACGAGCACUGGUGUCGCCACUCCAGCGCACCACUAGGAUAUUAAAACUGUGCAAGAAGUCUACUAUCUACUACAUCGUGGGGUUAUUGAAGUGGUUAAUUUUAAGAUUCUGAUGUAUUUAAAUGUUUUUUUAUACUUGCUGAAAGAAACAUCUGUAAUGUUAAUCCGCAAAUCACUCCCAGCUGGGAGGAUGCGCAUGGGAUUCCUUUUAUUCCUUUUAUUGCUCCCCAGUGCUGAGUUGUCCAUUUGCACUAAUCCUUUCUUUCUGUUUGACUGUACCACGUGUUGCCUGCAGCCUGCACUGUGUCUCUGUAGGUGGAUAGAACAUGAAUGGAUCCUUAUGUAGAAAGUCAAGUCAGUGCCUUAAGACAGAGGUCACUGUGUCCCACUGGGAUUGAUCCUCCUCCACAGAGUUUCAUUCACAGGAUCUGACUCUGCUAGAACAGCGUGAUGAUAAGUCUAAACACCAGAGGGUUCCCCGCUGUUAAGUGUGUUUUGUGGCUCUGUCUAAACAGCCACAAAUACCAUUCGGUCCUUCAUAGAAGAUAAAAUACACCCUGUCCUUCCUGAAAACCUCAGUUUUUUUUCUCUUUAGUAUUUUAGACCUAUUUGCAAAGCAAGCAUAGCGAUAAUAAUUUCCCUGCUGUAUAUGAUGCUUGUUUCUAUACCAUUCCAAAUUUUAUUGUAAAUUAAAUGUUUUAAAGGUCUCCUCCUUGCUGUUAAUGAUGCUCUUGAAAGGAACAUCCUGUUUAUUAUUAUUUACCAUCAAAGAUUGUACAUAUGGUAGCUGUUAGGAUUUAGCUGUUCUGCUUUUUUUGUUCCAAUAUGGAGAGGGUGCAUCAUGGUAAUGACUCAUGAUAACAACAAAACCCUCAGGUGACUGCGAAACAGGAGGCCUCUGUUUGCAAUAAUGACUUGUAAGUAGC